CUCCUCCUCCUCCUCCUCUCCCGCCCUCACACGCGCCUGGCUGCGACGCCAACAUGAGCCUCCAACGCGAGUCCCUCGACAUUGGCGAGAAGCAGCAGUUCAGCAGCAACCCGGCGCGUCCAGCCUCCCUCGCCGACCAUGUCCGCGGCCGCCAAUUCAGUCUUGAUGCAGAGAAUCAACAAAUCAUCCACGCCGAUCAGAAUGCGCUGCACCGCAGUCUCAAGGGCAGACACAUGCAAAUGAUUGCCAUCGGAGGCGCAAUCGGUGCAGGUCUGUUUGUCGGCUCUGGUACCGCCUUCCAAACCGGUGGCCCUGCUUCUGUGCUUCUCGGUUUCAUCAUUGUGGGUUUGAUGGUCUACCUGAUGAUGCAGGCCUUGGCCGAAUUGGCCGUCAUGUACCCCAUCAACGGCGCCUUCACAAUGUACAUUGUCAGAUUCGUGGACCCUAGCUGGGGCUUUGCUUGCGGGUGGCAAUAUGCAAUCAGCUGGUUGACCGUGCUUCCAUUCGAAAUCUCCGCCGCCUGCAACAUCAUCCACUAUUGGCCGGGCUCUGAAGGUAUCAACAACAGCGCCUGGAUUGUGCCCUUGUUGGUUGCUCUGGUUGCUAUUCAAUUCUUCGGUGUCGGGGGUUAUGGAGAGGUCGAAUUCGUGCUCUCCCUCAUCAAGAUCCUCGCGUGUAUCGGCUUCAUGAUUCUCGGCAUCAUCAUCAACACUGGUGGUGUCCCCACAGACGACCGAGGCUACAUCGGCGGAGAGUACUGGCAUGCUCCCUACAGCGCCUUUCUAAACGGAUUUCAAGGAUUCUGCUCUGUCUUUGUUACUGCCGCAUUCGCAUACAGCGGAACAGAAUUGACAGGGCUGGCAGCAGCAGAAACGGUUAAUCCUCGCAAGGAAGUCCCACGCGCAUCGAACCAGACCAUUUGGCGAAUUGCCAUCUUCUACAUUGUCAACCUUCUCCUGAUUGGACUGAUUGUGCCUGCAAACAGCCCUCUGUACUCGGGAGAUGGGCCGACUUCGCGUCGCUCGCCCUUUGUCAUUGCCAUUCAGCUGGCCGGUAUCAAGGUCCUUCCUGGAAUCUUCAACGCUGUCAUUCUCAUCUCCGUCAUGAGUGUCGCCAACUCGUGCACUUUCGGCUCCACUCGUACCAUCCAGGCUCUGGCCAGCAAUGGCAUGGGCCCAAAGCUGUUUGCAUACGUCGACAAGCAGGGACGUCCUCUCGUCGUCGUCAUCAUGCAAUUACUCUUUGGCUGCUUGGCAUUCAUCAACUUGGCCAAGAACGGAGGAGACAUCUUCAACUGGCUCUUGGCCUUGUCUGGUCUUUCGAUUCUCUUCAUUUACGGCAGUGUUGCACUUGCUCACAUCCGUUUCCGUCAUGCCUGGAAAGCAAACGGCCACUCUCUCGAUGAACUCCCCUUCCGGGCCGCCUUUGGAGUCUACGGCUCAUACCUCUGCCUCCUCAUCAACAUCUGCGCUCUCGUAGCCCAAUUCUACGUCGCUCUGUUCCCUGUAGGGGGCACCUCCCUCGACGCGGAAGCCUUCUUCCAAGCCUACCUUGCCGGACCGUUCCUGUUGGCCCUCUACCUGGGAUGGAAAAUCUACAGUUGGUUUGUGUACCCAUCGCAUCGUCGCAUGUGGGUUGCCAUCAAGGACAUCGAUCUGUACACGGGCAUGAGAGAAGAACAGAAGACGACGAUUAGCGGCGUCGAGGUGACACCGGAAGUGAGACGGGCGAGUAUCGAUGAGAUGCACGGGGAGAAGAAGAAGGGUGCCAUGGACUAUGUCAAGGCUCCUCUGAAGGCCUUUUUCUAAACGACAGAAGAAGAAGCAGAAGAAGCAGAAGUAGAAGCAGAAGAAGCAGAAAACUUGCGGCGUGGGUGCAAACGUUUCUUGUAUAUACUGCAUAGAUGAGACGAACCACGUUCCGAAAAUGUUCCCAU